AUGGAAGGUACCAUCUCCUCAACUGUGACAGUGGCCACAGAAGCAGGUCAUGGCAGCAUCCCACUCAGAAUCAGUUCCAAUGUUUCCAGCAACAGCACCUGGGAUGGAGCCUCUUCCACAGAGGACAUCAUAGCCACCUGUACUAUUGGAACCAUCCUCUCCCUCAUGUGCAUUAUUGGAGUGACUGGCAACGUCUACACCUUGGUGGUGAUGUGCCACUAUCUAAGGUAUUCAGCCUCCAUGUAUAUCUACAUCAUCAAUCUUGCCUUAGCAGACCUGCUCUAUCUUCUCACCAUCCCUUUCAUUGUUGGGACCUACUUUAUCCAGGAAUGGUACUUUGGGGAUGCUGGGUGCCGGAUCCUUUUUAGCUUAGAUUUCCUCACCAUGCAUGCCAGCAUUUUCACCCUCAUGGUGAUGAGUACAGAGAGGUACUUAGCUGUGCUGAAGCCUUUGGAUACUGUGAAAAGGUCUAAGAGUUACCGCAAGGCCAUUGCCAUUGUCAUCUGGGUGGUGUCCCUACUCCUCACCCUCCCGAUGCUUAUCAUGAUCCAGCUAGUCCAAGGGGGAAAGAAAAUCUGCCUUCCCACCUGGAGUAAGAUGUCCUACAAGAUCUAUAUCACCAUCCUCUUCUGCACUAGCAUUGUGGGGCCUGGGGUUGUCAUCGGCUACCUUUAUAUUCGAUUAGCAAGAACUUACUGGGUGUCUCAAACCACAUCCUUGAAAGAGACCAAGAGGCUUCCCAACCAGAAAGUUCUCUAUCUAAUUUUCACCAUUGUGCUGGUUUUCUGGGCCUGCUUCCUGCCCUUCUGGAUAUGGCAGCUUCUCUUUCAGUACUGCGAACCUUUCCCCAUCUCCCAGAAGGCCACAAGGAACAUCAACUACCUAACCACAUGUCUGACCUACAGCAACAGCUGCAUCAACCCUUUCCUGUAUACCCUGCUGACCAAAAACUACAAGGAGUAUCUGAGGAACAGACAAAGGUCCUUUAACAGUGGCAACAGCAGCUAUUUCCAGAGGAGGAACAGAUUUCAAAGAAUCUCAGGGAGAUCUUUCUCCACAAGCAGCCAGCACUACACUGAGACCUUUGUGCUUCCUGCAAUCCCUGGGGGAGGAAACAGUCCCUGAAGGAAUAAGUGCACCUCUUGAUUCCACCAGUCAUCAAGACAGCCUUGGGUAGGAGAGCAGGUGCCAGUAGAGGCAACCUGAGUGAAGCUGGGAAGGAGAA